AUGGAAAGCGAAUUUUCUGCUCUUUGUAAAAAUAAUAUAUGGACACUUGUUCCUCGUCCACCCAAUGUUAAUGUGGUUGGUUCCAAAUGGAUUUUUAGAACUAAAUUCAAAGCUGAUGGAUCUAUUGAGCGUUACAAAGCGAGAAUGGUAGCACAAGGUUUUACUCAAAUUCCGAGACUUGACUAUUCUCACACAUUUAGUCCUGUUGUUAAAGCUGCCACUGUGCGCACUGUUCUUGCCUUAGCCGUUAUAAACGGCUGGAAGCUCCAUCAAUUGGAUGUUAAAAUGCUUUCUUACAUGGGCAUCUUACAGAAAAUUCGAGCGGACCCAUCGUUGUUUAUCUUUAAGCGUGACUCUUGUGUUAUGUACCUUCUUGUCUAUGUUGACGAUCUCAUUAUAACAGGAAACCAACCAUCCAUCAUGACCUCUUUCAUUUCUUGUCUAAACAAAGAGUUCGCCAUAAAGGAUCUUGGGAAACUCAACUACUUUUUGGGAUUGGAGGUUACCUACACUCAACAUGGUCUUUUCCUAAAUCAAUCUAAAUAUACUUUGGAUAUUUUGAACCGUGCUAAGAUGUUGGAUGCUAAACCUGCACCAACACCUUUAAGCACCAAUGUGUCUUUUGUUUCUACAGGUACUUCAUUUCCGGAUGUUACACACUAUCGUUCCAUUGUAGGUGCUCUCCAGUAUUUGACGAUCACGAGACCUGACAUUGCAUAUGCGGUAAAUCAAGUUAGUCAGUUUCUUCAUGCUCCCACCAGUGCUCACUUUCAGGAAGUCAAAAGAAUACUGCGCUACCUUAAGGGAACCAUUGCUUUUGGAUUACACUGCAGUCGGCCCACUCACACUUCAUUACUUGGAUACUCCGAUGCUGAUUGGGCUCGCUGCCUGGACACUAGGCGAUCCACUUAUGGUUACUCUAUUUUCUUGGGAGGUAAUUUAAUUUCGUGGAGUGCUAAAAAGCAACCAACUGUUGCUCGGUCCAGUUGUGAAUCGGAAUACAGAGCCAUCGCGAAUACUGCUACUGAAAUUGUUUGGUUGACUCAUCUCUUCAAGAACUUCAUGCGUUACCUCCAGAACGUCCAACCCUCCUUUGUGACAAUCAAAGUGCCAUUUUUCUCACUCAAAACCCAGUCUCACACAAGCGGGCUAAACAUAUAG